AAAUUUUAAGAAUAGAUGGCUCUACCGCAAACAAUAAUUUAUUUAUUCUUUCGCUCCCAUUUUCUAAAUGUUUGACAUUAUGGAAAUUGUCGACAGAUAGGUAUCCAAGCCAAGUAAAUUUUAUUUGUUUCCAUGGCGAUUUUCCAGUGACCCGAAAUUAUGGAGAACGCGAAAAAACAUUUAACUUCACAAUUCGAGGACAAGGUAAACAAUCUGCAAAUUAUCCCUCAUAAAUCAGGAUCUCCCAGUUUUUACGAAAGUUUCUCAAUUCAUGGCUUCCAAAUUCAGAAGCUCCUGCGGGGUCACGUCGUAUGCACUUGGACGGUACCUGCCCGAUUGACUGAUGCAUCUGGAGCACUGUACGCUGGGGUCAUUGCGACUAUUGUUGAUGAUAUAGGAUGUGUUGCUUCUCUAUCUGAUAGUCAGCCUCAAAAAGUUUCUGUUGAUAUGAAUAUUUCUUACAUCUCUACUGCGAAGGUUAACGAUGAAAUUGAGGUUGAUGCAAGGGUAUUGGGACACAAAGGAGGGUUUUCUAUGACAUAUGUGAACUUAAAAAACAAAGCAACGGGUGAAACCAUAGCUGAAGGUCGGCAUUCAUUGUAUGGUCGUCAGACAAGCAAACUCUGAUGUAAGCUUGUCGCAAAUUUGUGACUUUCUUCUUGGCGAGUUCUUUGCUAUCAUUCAAUUUGUAAAUCUUUGUUUAUUUUUUUAUAGUUAUUCCAAAGCACAAAGUAAAACAAAUUUGUGACUUUCUUUUUGGCGAGUUAUUUGGUAUUCAUUCAGUUUGUAAAUCUAUAUGUAUUCUUUUAUAGUUAUUCCAAAGCACAAAGUAAAAUUAGAUCCAAUAAACUGCAUCGCAAGGUAUUUCUAUGAUUUUAAUAGUAUCAUCUGUUGGAGUG